AUGGCAUCUACCUCAGGGGUGCAAUCGCGCGCCUCGGCCAGCGGCAGCAAGAAGGACGAAAACACGCGCGGAAUGCACGCUGACACACUGGACAAGUACGACGACCUCAACGAGCCCAUCCCGACUGAAGAACAGGAAGCUCUUGUCCGCGAGUUGAAGCAGCGCAACGAUGCAUCGAAUUACUUCUACCGCGCUGCGCUGCUGUUCAUGGUCGUGCUCGUAUUCGUGCUCUACCUGACGCCCAUUCCAUCGUUCAUCGACGGAACGCACCCUGAGAACCAUCUGACGCUGUUCCACCACGGCGUACACGUCAUCGGAACCGAAGACCACUUGACGUACCUCCCCGCGUUCCCAUUCUACAUGAUCUUCUUCGGCUUCCAGGGCUACCUGCUCUACCUCUCGAGCUUGGAGUUGCUCUCGCUCAUGGGCCACGACAACGUGCUCAGCAAGAUCACCCGCGCCAACGCGUCGCUCUACCGUUCCCACCCGUUCGGUACCGCCCCCACGUACCUCGUCUCGAUCCUCUCCGACAUCCGCAUCUCGACGGGCAACAAGAUCAACCUCAACGAACGCGCCGAUGCGCCCGCAAAGAUCAACUCGGACAGCAAGGCGCUCUACGACAGCCUCUCGAACCCGAGACUGCUGUACCUGUGGUUUUUGUUCAUCGCAGGGCUGCCGCUGCCGCUGCUGAUUUUCGGUGCGGGCAACUUUAGCAAUGCCGGCUGGUUCAGCUUCACGCCCGCGGUCAUCGGGCUGAUGCUGGUCAUCGAGACCUGGAUCAGGCGCAGCGAGAACCAGCUGUUGGGCCUCGACGGGCUGAAGUACGAUCACAAGUCGGCGUAG